UCUACAAAGUAGUGGGGCCCAAGGAAAGAAACAUUGACCAUUGAUAACACCAACUGCAGUUUUUGUUAACUUUCAACAGCAGUCUGGACUGACAUUUAUUAUUCAUGUAUUUGAGAUGUGUUUUGGGAUUUUAUGAGUGAACUGUUCCUCCUCACCAGCACUUGUGUCUCUGCUGCAUCACUAUUUAAAGGGCUGUGCACCCAAAUGUAGUAUUUAAUUUAAAAAAAUGUCACUGUGAAUUAAAAUGAGCAUUGACAACUUAUAAAAUAUACCAGUUGCACCCCAGCAAAACUUGCUGGCCAGUUUGGUCCACCUCAGAUGUUGUAGUUGCAAGGCCCACUGUUACAUUUGAUUAUUGUCGUCAGUCAUCAUAAAUGAGACUAAUAAGGCUUCCAAGACACACAGUUCUAAAACUGUUAAGUCGGCACACACUGUGCUAAUAAUGUGGAACCUGUACCAGCAUAAAAACAAAGCAGGAUGACCUUUUGCUCCAAAUGUCUCACAUUUUUAAAAUCUUGUUCCACUGAAACAACUCAAAAAAUGGUGCAAUUAAGAGCUUAGUUUUACUCAAUACUUCAGUAAUCAUCACUGCAAUUUUUCUUAACCCAUUGUCAAUGUCUUCCUCAUUUUGGGCUCUGACUUUCCAGCCUGCCUCUUUUCAACUGUAUCAUGAGAUUAAAACGCGAUCAGUCUUGUGGCCCUUUAGCUCAAUAAGCCUACUACCACUACUACUAUUAUUUAUAUACGUAUAUUAUUAUUAUUAUUUAAUAAACUUGUGAAAGCCAUUUCUUAAAGUGCGACGACGACCUCACGCCCAUGCAUUUUGUUGCAAAAAACAAGUUCACAUAUGGGUAAAAGGUGAAUAUUUUAGCAGCUGUCAGAAAAAGCAUGAACUGUAUGAGAUGAGAACAAGCAGCAUCGGUCACAUGACCAGCGGUGGUGUCGUCAUAGCAGCGCGCAGUCGUAAACUGGUGACGCUGUCGUGUCAUGUUGUUAUCUCGAUGCUGGACUUUAAACUUCAUAAAUGUCGAAUUCCUGUUUUCUGACUGUCAAGAAACUGUAUAAUGUUAUAGCUAAACUGGCAACGUGAUCAGAGAAGACUGUCUCAAGCUUGCUGCGCCUCAGCCAUCUAUGGAGUCUGAUGAUGGGUUUCUGGCAGCCAGUGACUAACCUUAGAGACUGUGUGUCCCAAAAUCCUCCAGGAACAACUUUUUUCCUGUGUUUGUUGACUCUGGCUCUCUCGUUCAUCUGUCUCGCCUCUUAUAGCUCCACUCACACUCUGCCUAACCCUGACACAACAAAGGACUGGAACCAUCUACUAUCUGCCUUAUCACAAUUCCAGUUGUGUGUGAAAGAAAAUGCAAAUUCAUCCGAGCUUCUGUCCUCAACUUCCUCUGCUCUGAUGGAGAAGGAACAGGAUAGAAAGACUACCACUGACUCAAGUCCUUCUUCCAUCACUCAUCGGCAUCUCAAGGUUCCUCUGGUUGUGACUUCCAGUUCCCCAAGCAGCUCGCUGAAAGAUCUCAGUCUACACACUAUGUUAAACGCCAAUCAGCUACAACUCGAAGGCAAAGAGAGUGUUAAUUUGACACUAGAGCGUCUGUCUGGAAACACUACAUACACCUGCCUCACUAUAAGUGCCCCAGCAAACGUCCUGCCCCUGAGUCUGCUGCCUCCAGCUUGCCCUGCAUCAGAGAAAGAUAUGUCACCCAUCCAUGUGGACGCAAGUAAAGAGAUGCCUACAGCAUCACAAACCUGCUACAGUCUGCACUCUAAAAAUGACCCCACAUUUACAGUCAUGUUAACGCCGGAAGAGCAAAGUGUGGCAGUGCGACAUCUUUUGGAAGUCAGUGGGUGUUUACUCGGAGUUUGUUUGAUGCUCUGUUUAGCUGCUGGUCUGACACAUUCACUCACACGCCGCAACAAUUGGAAUGGACUGGACCUACAAAAUGAGCCCUUGAUUGAUGCCUGAAUAUUUUUCAUCCUCUGCAUCCUGAAGAAAUCAGUUGGAGGAUGAAAGAGAGCAAUAUGGAAUCACCAGUGUUACAAAAGAAACCAGUUUACAUUUUGUGGGUAUACAGAUCCCUUUGAAAACAGUCAUAUAAUGUCUCCUGUUGCUGUAGAGGAAGCUCUCAGGUCUGAGAACUGAACCCUGGGAAUGUCAUCAGGGUUAAAUGAUGUAAAGACAAUAAUGCUUCAGGUAAUUCCUAUGCAGGUAUCUGUUGUGUGCUGUGCAUUCCAGGAGUUUGUUGCUUUCUGUUUCACUGCCUUGUCUAGUUGACUUCCCAUAUUUCCCAAAAUGCUCUCAAUAAUUUGUAGAAAAUGGACAUUAACCUUAUUUCACUCAGCCAAGUCAGAGUUUAAUAUAAUAAGAUGAAGUCUUAUUCCUCUCAAACAUUUAAUUCUAAUAUUUUUUCAUCAGUGAAUGUGGAAGUAUAAGAUACUGUGUGACUGUCCUCAGAUGUUUUUAUUCAUGAAUUUGUGGGACCAAAGGUCGUUGGGAGUGCCAGACAAGUUUGAUAGUCUGUUAUACUACUUCAGUUUACUUAUGUGACUUUGGAAGCUCAUUGAAGCCAGAUACCACAUCUACAGAUUCACACUUUAAGUACUGUUAUGCCCACAUACAGUGGCCUACAUAAAUCAUGACUUGCAUAGCAGCAGAGAAUUUAAAGUGAGUGUUGAAGAAAAACUGAAAUGUCUCUUGCAUAAAACUGAAGAAACAAGUUGUAAUGUCUCUCAGAAUGUUUGUGAUAUUUGCUAUUUCUAAUAUUUGUUUCAUUACAAAGACCUAACAGGACCUUAAGCAGAGUACAGUCUGUGCAUGGAAAUUAUCAGUGUGUACUGCUGAAUUUUAUGCAGCUCAGAAACAGAUGGCUGUACUUCCUUGUUUUAGCAAGAAUAAAACAUAAUGAAAACACUAAA